CGCGUCCAAACUUAACCGUUUGAGAGUAAAGCGAUCAUGGGUUCUUCUUCUAGAAAUCUCUAUGCAGGAAUUGGAGAAGGUCAAUCAACUUCUAGGCCACCACUCUUUGAUGGCACCAACUAUUCCUAUUGGAAGGAACGGAUGAGAAUCUUUAUCCGUUCCACCAACUUCCAAUUAUGGUUGGUCAUCAAAAACAGAGAGGAAAUCCCGAUGAAGAAAGUUGACGACAAGUUGAUCCCCAAGACCGAAGAUGAGUUUGAUGCCGAGGACAUCAAGAAGAUUGAGAAUUAUGCAAAGGCCAUCAAUAUGCUAUAUUGUGCGGUCAACCCCGAUGACUACCGGAAAAUCUCCUGCUGCACAACCGGAAAGGAGAUGUGGGACAAGCUUGAAGUGACGUACGAAGGUACCGAUCAAGUUCGUGAAGCCAAGAUCGAUUUUCUCACCCAAGAGUACGAAAUGUUCCAAAUGAAAGAAGGUGAGAAAAUCGAUGACAUGUUCGACCUGUUCUCAAAGAUCAUCAACGACCUUCAUGCUCUCAAAAAGACUUACGCCAACAAGGAUCUCGUGAGGAAAAUCCUGAGGAGUCUCACACCCAAAUGGAGAUCAAAGGCUGACGCAAUCUACGAGUCCAUUGGAGUCUCCAAUGUCACCAUCGACGGGCUAAGAGGUAACCUCAAAACUUAUGAAUCUACUAUUCUAACCCCGUCUUUGGAUGAACAAAAGAAGAAAGGAAUAGCGCUCAAAGAAACCAAGGAGACCGUGGAAGAAGUCUCAAGUGAUGACGACAAGUUCCACAAAUUCAUGAAGAAGGAAUUUGAACGGAAAGGAAGAAAGCACGACGGUCCCGCGAAGUGCUAUGGCUGUGGCGAGAUAGGCCACAUCAAGCCAAGGUGUCCAAAAGGCAAAAGCGGCAAGGACAAACCUGGCUUCAAAAAGCAACGAGCCUAUAUCUCAUGGGGUGGUGACUCCGGCGACGAGUCAACUGAUCAAGAAGAGGAGGAAGCCGCCAACCUCUGCCUCAUGGCGCAUGAAGAUCAAACCAACGACGUUCAAGAGGAAGGAAUAGGUUUUGAUAAAAAUGAAUCCAAGGAUAAAAACGUUGAGCAUACACCUAGACAACCUACUAAGGCUCAACGCAAGAAAGAUAAAAACCAAGAUAAUAGAAAACCUAGUCAACCUAAGAACACUGGACAACCUAGACUAAAACCUAGGAAUGAAAGUGGUCAUGAUUCACUCGAAAGAUUACACGUUGAAGACGAUGAAGAAGACACGCCAUUAUACACCAACCCCCAACCACAACCUGAGGAAACACCUCAAGUGAUGGUCGAAAAUGAGGACCAAGCGGACGAAGAAGAACAAGAGGAAGCCCAAGAACAAGAGGAAACCGAGCUUCCCAUCGCUUGGAGAACGCACAAGAACCAUCCACUUGACCAGGAUAUCAACCCGGCGCUGAUCCGGGCCUUCUACUCCAACCUCCGGCGUGAGGACGAGGUCAUCUACAGCCUCGUGAAGUCCACGCGGAUUGAGCUCACCGUGGAGCAGCUUGGGCGCAUCGCCGGCCUUCCCUUCCAAGGCGAAGACGUCUCCCACUAUGGCGGAGAAGACUGGGUGCUCAACAACGAGGGAAAUAUCCUCAACGAGCUUGGCAUCACCGAGCUCAUCCGCCAUGCCUCGGGCCGCCCCACCAGCCACUCCGCUAACCCCGAAGGCCGCCUCGUCCUCUACAUCGUGUCCCGGAUCAUCAAACCCCGGAAGCACGGCCACACAAUCAUGUCCGGUGAGGACCUCAAGCUCAUCCACGCGAUCAUGCACUCGGCCCCAAUCAAUUGGGCGAAGUUUGUCAUGAUCAACAUGACGAUCGCCGCGUCCACCGACCACGACCACCUCCUCCCGUACCCGUUCGUGGUGAUGGACAUCCUUGAACGGUUCAAGGUAACCACCACCGUUGGCCCGCUCACGAAGGCCACGAAGCUUUGGACAAUCAGCAACCAAACCUUCACCAAGCGGUCGGACAACGACGCGACUGCCACUGCCGAGCCACGCCGUGAUGCCGCUGCCGCUGGCCCAGCCGAACCCCAGGCCCGGGCCAACCUCGCCUCCAUCGCCGACUCCCUCAACCGGCUCCACCUCAAAGUUAACGGGAUGGAAGGCUACCUUGAACGGCUCAACAUGGCUGUUCAACGCCAAGGGUACGCCAUGAACGCGUACUUCCAAGGCAUCAACUACGUCCCUCCACCACUCCACGGCACCUUCCUCGGGGAAGUGUACGGUGAUGAAGACGAAGAGGAUGGCUCCUUCUCCCAGUCAAGCUUCCUGGAUGAGGAUAAGUUCGACGAUGCCAUUGAUGGUGAUGAGAUGGACGACGACGACGACGAGGAAGAAACCGAAGAUGAAAGCUAGGACACCCCUAGCAUUUCUAUCUCUUCGUUUAAUUAUCUUGUUUUUUUAAUGCUUCCGUUGUACUCCGCUAUUUCCCAUUCAUAAAAAAAAUUAUCUUUUUAUCUUUUUGUUAAUGACAAAAGGGGGAAGAAAAGGGCUAUGCAUAU